AUGGCGCUGCCCAUCCCAGUUCCCAAAGGCCUCGACGACGGUCGUGAACUGACAACAUUCUCGUGUGUUACCAACGAGGGACUACUGUGUUUGCCACGACGUGUCGACGCGACCACGAAGUCGACGACCAGCACAGUUCCGUGCCGUGAGGCCGUCAUCCCGUGUUCGACGCCAGACGCCUAUGGCAUGGGGGUAGAAGUCAGCCCACUGCAUGCUCUCAGGUUUAAGAGUGCAGCAGCUCCCAUCGCCCCGCCUUUCCAUGUGAGCGCCAUGUUCUCGGAGGCGCAGCCACGUGGAAUCAAGCGCAAGGCGCACUCGCUCGACGACUUCUCCGAUGGUGGAGGCCUCGACGAAGAGGACGACGAUGAAGAGGAGGAAGACUCGAGCUCUUCCAGCUCCUGCUCGUCGGCCAGCUCGACUACUGGCGGUGGCUCGUCGGGCGAAGGACGCCCGCUCUCGUAUUCGCGCCGCCAGCACGUGGUGUUCAACAUGAGCAUCUGCAAGCUGGCCCGCUUCCGACAGGCGCCCGACCCGAGCCUCCUCCGCUCGGUGCUCGUGUGCAACACUCUGCGGGCGCUCGAGCGGGACAUGAGGCCACCCAGGGGUCCCGAGCCGGCGACGCUUCCCACGGCAUCCGCCGCCUCGCCCCACCACCCUCAUCACCACCACCACUCGCCUCACCACCACCAUCACCACCACAUGCACGGCGCCAGUCCCAAUGGAGGGCUCGGCAACGGUCACCACCACCUAUCGCCGCACCAGCCGUACGGCGCCGCGACGCCCUUCCACAAUGGCGGCUACGGCGACGACUACGAUCGGUCGUGCCCUCCUCCUGGAGACAGCGGUCGCUUGACGCCCUUUGUCCGGUCUCCUGCCGAGCCGCCGGUUUCCGGGCCACCCCCCACGCCCAUGUGGACCGACGAGGACCGGUUACCGAGCCUGAACUGGAGCUCGGUGCUCAACUUCGGCAGCGGCGCUCCCGCCACACCGCCGGCACCCACGGUGGCCGAACCUGUGUCCUCGGCGUCGGCGUGCGGCAUCGCCGACCCCGGGUGCGGCAACGGCGGCGGCAACGGUUCCGCGCCUCUCUACACCCUGCUGCCGGCUCACAACUCUCCCGCUGCCGCCAUGGUGGUCACUUCCUCGUCAGCCUCUUCCUCGGUACUGCAGACGAGUCCUUCCUCUUCCUCGUCGUCGCUGGCCAGCAACAGCAACAGCAGUGGCGCGAGUAGCAGCAGUGACGAGAUCUUCGGCGAUAUCGACCUGUCCCUGUACGACUUCGACCUGCUCUCGCCCCUAUCGCCGCCGCAUGUCAAGCUUGCGCCGGUCAGCGCCGAGGACCUGAUGCGGUCACUGGCCGCGUCUCAGCAACAGGCGGCCGACUGCGUGGUCACUACCACGGCCGCGUCGCCGUCGGCCGCCACCUGUCAGCUGGUGGCCUCUUCGGGCCAGCAGGUCAGCUUCGGCUACAAGGGACUGAUGUGCUCAGCCGAGGACCACGUCGCCACCGUCAUGUCCUGAGGGGGGAACACCACCAUCGGUUGAGUGCGGUUGGUCGUCGUUUUCGGAGAGGCCUUUUCUCGUCUUCUAUAGCCUCUUGCUCCUAACGCUCUCCUGAGGACAGCGCUUGCUUUGUGUACAUAGGACAGUCGAGAAAGAAGCGUUGGGGGAAGCGAGUGGACUAUAUCGCGCUGAAUCAUCAUCUAAAGAGUGCCGACAUUCACGUUGCCAAAGAGUCGCGACAGCUCAUAGUGUCUCUUGCGGGGCCGUAUGCUGCUGCUGCUGCAAGGAGUACCUUGCUCGUCGUGGUCGGGUCGUAGGUCAUCCGGCUCAAUCCGAGAACGGAUGGGGCUUACUAAGCUGGUGAUAUAGCUGCUUUCAAAUGUAAUUCACAGGAUCGAGAGGCAGGGUUGGUCAAAGAUUCGAACGCGUCUUGAGACCUCAUAUGGCUCAUCAAGCCGGACUAGCAUGAUACGACCGGGCGACGGGUGCCUCUGGGGAUUGUACGCAGGCGACGAGUUCUCUAACGGCGCCCUUGUGCUGCAUAGGUCUUCUUGAAUCAAGUAACGGGCUUCUGUCACGCUGUACGCCACCUAGUCUCUACUCACGCAUCGGUGGUCCGCCAUCGUAUGCUUUUGUACUAUGGUAUAAGCUCCAAUUUACGCCUGAAAAGCUUGCCGAAGUGGCGUCACAGCAACAAGUUAGUUUAAAGGUUGCGUUGGUAAGAAAUUCGCCGAAGCUCAUCCAUGUCGCAUGGAUGUUAUAACAAAUGCUCGCUUGUUAACCAGUGAGCAAGAAAUUAGGAGACAUGACAAGUUGAAACAGUGGUGCGGAAUAGUCCGGCACAUUCCCAUUUGUAAACGAAAACGGAUGGAGCAGAAACGCCGAGGGGGCGAGGAGAAUGCAGUGGCACCAACUACUGGCCACGGCAAGGGUAUACCCACCGCCUCUCUCUUCGAAUCGGGCCGACUGCUUCUUCUUAUGCUUUUUGUUUUUUCACAUAACCCCGAAAAACCGGGCUCUCGCAUCGUCGUACCCUUCUCUCGACGGCGGGGCGGGAGUAGGUUGCGAGCAGAGCGACGACCGCCGCAGCACAGAGAUGGCGCGACGUUCGCCUGAGACAUCGCCCGCAAACCUCUUUUUCUCCUCGUCCUCCUUCGCUCCGCUUUUCUCUUCGCGUGUCUCAGAGGCACUCGUCGGUCUCCUAGACCUCUCGCGAGUGUUGUGCCGCGUCUCGGCGGUUGGGCUUUCCAAUUUCGCGCGGCGGGCUUUGCGCCUUGGCUGCCGCCGUCUUUCGUUGAUUGUUUUUUUUUCUCUCACUCUACGUAUGUGCGCGCCAUUUCCUCUUACGCGACUAAAUGUGGUGCUGGCUUCCAAGCCAUCUUUAUCGCUCGGUGUUCUUUUAUUUCUUCAAUAAUUUACCGCGUGCUUAUUUCGUGUCACUCUGGAGCACCUGCUAUAAAUGAGACCCGCAUUGGUGACAAAACAGUGGUUACGAAAACAGCAAGCGCUCUCGGCUUGCCGAGUUGUGCUGUUACAUUCCAACAGACAUAGAACGCCGAAUGUAAGCAAUAUGUAAACGAGCUUUAAAACAGUUCGUUUGAACUUGUUUCGACCGACCUCAAGUGACCGUCUCCAAGUGUAUCCGCAGUUAACGCGUUAAAGUGCAUCGCAGCUAACUGGAUGUCAACCGGACAGGUGCUCCGCAAGACGUGCUAUUAGGUUACGAAGACGCUGCCCCCGAGCAUCGCCCGGAGUUUUCGCUUAUCAGCUUCUGUUCCACAAUUAGCAGGUUACGCAAGUGUUUGCCACGAUACGCGGUCUCUCGGGGGUCGCCGGUGACAAUCUGGGGGCACAGAUGAGUGAUCUACGGGUAGUCCCUCGGAUGGCACGCUUUGUGUCUUCCGAGAUGGGUGGAAGAAGUGACACCCUCCUGACUCCUUGCGCGCUCUCCUAUGCGCAUCAUCGUCGUCCAGUAUUCGUCUUUAUUAUUUUUCUUUUGAGGGUGCGAAAUGCGUUCUUUCCGCGGCCUUAUACAAUAACUAGCGCGUGUGACUUACCGUUCAGAAGCGAGCGCCAUCUAUCGUGUGUCUCCGAAACUUGCGUGCGCAUUCUGAGUAGCCUUUGCAUGCCUGCCGUUGGUUGCACGUUCAGCUUACACGAGAGUUGCGUCGUCCGAGCUUCCGCGUGGACUCUGCCAGGGGCGAGAAAAAAGUAUAAAAAAGAGGGUUGGGUGGGAGAGGGUUGGGAAAGUCGGGUAAGCAGCUAUUGUCGGUCGAGCACAACAGCACUGCACGCUGUACUGGGAAGAACAAAAAAAGGUGCACGCGUUACGGCGUGGAACCUCCUCAAUUCGUCACCGUUUCAUUUUAUUUCAUCAAGGAUGCACACUUGUAGACGUGUGGAACAUUCCCUGGAGCUAACUGUAGAGUCCUUUCUGUGUGCACGGAGUGUUCCGAAUGAGGACAGCCCGAAAGUUAUUUCUGUUUCGUUAAAUACGAGGGCUAAUUGGACACCAAACUCCAGGAAAACAAAAAUAGCGCUUCGCGUAUACGUUACUCCUUAACGCGACGUGAAAACCUUCUCUGGAAAUCACUGCAAUCUCGUCGCAGAGUGAGACACGCCCUAAAAGAGUUAGCCAGCCUCCUUAAAGGGAGUCAUACACGUGAUCAGUCGGCACUCCC